ACACACACACACACACACACACACACACUCUCUCGCUCUCUCUCUCUCUGUUGACGAGCGCGCGCGCUGCAGAUCAGGAUUAAAGAUGGUUCUGCGGAACUUGUUCCGGGCCAUAAUCAUGGGUCCGCCCGGUUCGGGGAAAGGAACCGUGUCGUCUCGGAUUACUGAAAGUUUCGGGCUUCAGCAUCUGUCCAGUGGGGACCUGCUGAGGGCCAACAUCAAAGCCAAGAGCGAACUGGGUCUUCUGAUGAAGUCAUGUAUAGAUCAGGGUCAGCUGGUUCCUGAUGAUGUCAUCUCUCGCCUCAUCCUGGCCAGCCUGAGAGACAUGGAGCAUAGCAGCUGGCUGUUAGAUGGUUUCCCCCGGACAGUGUCGCAGGCUGAGAGUUUGGACAGCGUCUUCACUGUGGACACAGUCAUCAACCUGGACGUGCCAUUCGAGACCAUUAAGGAGCGUCUGACGUCUCGCUGGGUUCACCUGUCGAGCGGCCGAGUCUACAACACCGACUUCAACCCUCCCAGAAUCCCAGGUCUCGAUGAUGUCACAGGUGAGCCGUUGACACAGAGAGAUGACGACACACCUGAAACAGUGACCCGCAGACUGAAGGCGUAUGAAACCCAGACUCAACCAGUUCUGGAAUAUUACAGGAGUAAAGGAGCUUUGGCGACGUUCACCGGAACUGAAACCAAUAAGAUCUGGCCUCAUGUUCACGCUUUCCUCUCAAAGAAAAUCCCACAGACUCAGCAGGUCCGAGGAGGAGUUUAGCCGAGUCUCGAUGGGAAGAAUCUGAUUUUGUUUAGAAUUUUAUUCAUUUUAAUUUUCAUGGUAUUUUUGACCACAUUUUUUAAUCAUAGACAUUUUUUUGCACGCAGCAAAGCAUUUCAGCUGAACCGCAGUUUAGUUUGUUUUUUAUUCUCUUUUUAUUCCACCGGCGCACUGGGGUGAGUUUUAGUUUCUAAAACUGUUCUUUUCAUUUUUAGAGUUUGAUUCAGCAUCAACACGACACCCCCCCCCCACACACACACACACCUCCCCACCCCCUUCACAGUCUUUGAAGGACUUCAUUAGAAAAUAUAUCUAAUUAUUUUUUUUGUAUUUUUAAACCAUUAAAACAUUUAAAACAUUUCUGAGAGAGAAAAAAGAAAGAGGGAAAAAGAUCAGAAACAGAUCAGAUGAUUUAAAUAAACAAGAGAAAACGAGAACAAGCUAAAAAAUUUAAUAAUAAUAAAUCCUUGAAAUGGGAGAGAAGAAAUGUUUUGUGCAGAAAGAGAGAAAUGACUCAAUCCAAAAUGUUUGAAAUAAAACAUAAAAUAAAAAGAUAUCAAAGGGAGGAGAAAAUAUAUAUAUAUAUAUAUAUAUAUAUAUAUA